AUGCGUUGCGAGAGAAAAAUGUGGAUAUCUGGUCGAAAGGAGCAAGGUACUCCUAGCCCGAUCAGACCAUAUUGCCUCAUCGGGCCAGAAGUCAUGGCAACGGACUGUCUUGAUAGAGCUAAUUGUUAUGGAGGACUUGGCGAUAUUGCGCCGAAACAGAAAGUCUACGAUAAGGCAUUAGUUAAUUAUCUGCAACAACUUGAAAUCGUUGCAAGACUUGGUGAUCAAGUGAACAUUGCAUUAACUCUCAAAUCAGUUGGAAAAGUUUACGGGAACAAAAAGUUGCCGUAA